CACACACCGGUUACAUUACACUGUGGAAGCAGUGUGCGAGCAGUGGGAAGUCGGUCCUCGGCGGUUUUUUUUCCUCCAGUCUACUACCUUCUUUUCUGAUUGUUUUACGACUUUUUGCUUUUUUUUGUGUCCCUCCCGCGUCGAGGAUGUAUUUUGCAGCAUGAAAGCGGCGUAGCGCGUUUGCUUGUUGUCUUGCCUGAGCGUUGCAACUGUGUGUUUUUGUCUUCUUCUCUCCUUCCAGUUGCACAUCCAUCAGUUACCUUUUCACCUCCAGACGGUGUUUUGGUUUUGUUAGCCGACUUUCUGCCCCCCCCGCCAUCCCCCAAACCCCCUUUUUCCCCUCCUUCCCCUCCCCGUCCUCCCACUUUCAAGGACGACGCGGCUUCUUCACCGGACCACGGAGGAAAUAUUGUUUCUCACCUUUUAUAAAUGCACUUUUCCCCCCCCACCGGACCUUAUCAGUCGCCAGGUGUGUGUGUGUGUGCCUGUGCGCGUGUGUGUGCGCGCGUGUUGACUGACACGCGAGUGAUGAGAUUUUAACUCGUGGUUUGUCUUCCUUUUUGUUUUAUUUUUUAUUUUUGGCUUUUCUCCUCAUUAAAUUGAGGCGUGCACUGGACUCGCGUUCUGAGCCUCAAGUUUUAAACAGUCGUGGUGACGAGAAGAAGAAAACAAAAAAAAAGAAGGAGGGGGGGACGCUGACUCACAGCCCCUCGGUCCUCCUGUUGCUUCCCGUAAAAAGCUCACCGGCAGCGGGUUCCUCUGCCAGCGACUCCCGGUCGACGCUGCGGUCAAAGAGGGAGACGUUUGCUCGCUCGGUUCGGGGGGAUUUCAGAGGGAGUUUCCCCCCUCCCCUCCACGCCGCGUAGCUUCUUGCGCGUGUGUGAAACAAACUGAGUAAAAAACAACAACAACACCAACUAUAUAUAUAUUUAAAUUAAAAUAAAUAAAAAAUGCCGCAGUUAUCAGGCGGCGGCGGAGACCCGGAGCUGUGCGCUACGGACGAAAUGAUCCCGUUCAAAGACGAAGGAGACCCGCACAAGGAGCAGAUCUUCGCCGAGCUCAGCCACUCGGAGGAGGAGGGAGACCUGGCGGACAUCAAGUCCUCUCUGGUCAACGAGUCGGAGAGCAGCCCCAACAGCAACAGCCACGACGGAGCUAGACUGUCCCAAAUACCGCAAGAUUCAUAUCAUGAAAAACACAGAGACCAUUUGGAGGAUGGAAAACUCCAAGACCUGUACAGUAAAGGGCAUCCGUACCAGGGCUACCCGGGCUACAUCAUGAUGAGCAACAUGAACGACUCCUACAUGAACAAUGGCUCCCUCUCGCCGCCCAUGCCCAGAACGUCCAACAAAGUCCCCGUGGUGCAGCCGUCCCACGCAGUCCACCCACUCACCCCGCUGAUCACGUACAGUGACGAGCACUUCGCCCCAGGUCCUCAUCCCCAGGACGUCAACAACAAACAAGGAAUGCAAAGGCAUCACCAGGGACCAGACAUGACCAACUUCUACUCCCUGUCCCCCGGAGGAGUCGGGCAGCUCACGCCCCCGCUGGGAUGGUUCUCACACCACAUGGUGCCCGGCCCCCAAGGUCCCCACGCCACAGGGAUCCCCCACCCGGCCAUCGUCAACCCACAGGUCAAACACGAGCCUCUGCAUGAAACCGACAUCAUGCACAUGUGUUGUUUUCCUUACAGGAAGCCCCAGCACGAACAGAGAAAGGAGCAGGAGCCCAAAAGACCGCACAUCAAGAAGCCGCUAAACGCCUUCAUGCUCUACAUGAAAGAAAUGCGCGCCAACGUGGUGGCCGAGUGCACGCUGAAGGAGAGCGCCGCCAUCAAUCAGAUCCUGGGACGGAGGUGGCAUGCUUUAUCUCGGGAAGAGCAAGCUAAGUAUUAUGAGCUAGCCCGCAAGGAACGGCAGCUCCACAUGCAGCUCUACCCAGGCUGGUCCGCUCGAGAUAACUAUGGAAAGAAGAAGAAGCGGAAGAGGGAGAAGAUGCAGGAAUCAGCCCCAGGUACAGGCCAGAGAAUGAAAACGGCGUACAUCUGAGAAUAUGGAGGAAAACGGGACAAUUUCUCCACAUGCAAAGCGAAGGCAGCAGCUACGGGCCCUCUGCUUGAGAUGGAGGCCUGCUAGGUUCCACGAAGACCCUUAAAUCUCCCGUCUGAGGCCUCCAGUUCUCCAGAGGGCCGCACUCCCCCUCCACCCGUCUCUCUCCGAACCCCACCCAACCCCUUCGACACGGUCACAUUGCCACCCCCUCCACAGAAAACCCUUCACUUGUUGCACUCUCCUCCCGUCCUGAAGGCGCCCACCAGAGAGACACUGAACUGAACAAGACAAUCAUGAUUAGCUGGAGCACCCUCACGCAACCACCUUGUCUCACCGUAAAAAAAACAAAAACGACAACAAAAAAACAAACAAAAAAAACAUCGAUUUGUCGUCUGUGUUUCGUCAGUUCUCUUUUUACAAUCAGCUUUGCCGCAAUAGUCCCGAUGCACCUCCACUGCACCGCCCAGACACUCCGACACUCCAAGUCACCGUAAGUUAUUUGUCGCCUUGGUUUCUUUGUAUAGUUCGUCAGGCCCACAUCCAAUCCCCCCCCCCCGUUCUCUCUCUCCCUCCCUGGAUUUUUGAGACCAUUUGGGGUUUUGCCCGACUGACCAAACACCUCUUUUUAGACUGCACUAAGGAAGCCGGAGGAAUUUCAUCUUGUCUUCGAAUCGUCGAGACGCCAUUUUAGUUUGUUUGUUUUCAUUUGUUUUUCAUUUUAGACUGAAUUUGAUUUUGAAUGCUUUUUUUGUAUCCUGAACCCUUGUUUCAAUUUCUCGGUGUAUAUUUUAGUGUUUUUUUUUAAUAUUGUUUUUUUAUAUAGUGGUAUAUAUAAAAUUAAGCUUUGGACACAGGAAAGCCAUUUUUCUUGUUGAAGCAUCUUGCAGAAAAUUGAAACUUAAGGCUUCUUUUGAUAACUAUUUGUAACAAAUAGUGACCUCGAAUCCUUCUCAGAUGUAAAAUAAUGCUCAGUAUGUGUACUUUUUAAAACUGUCAGGAUAUGUCAAUUUUCUUGGUAUUUUUGCAGGCAACAUUAGGACAAAGGCGAGUGACGGCUCAGAGGCCUAUAUUUUAUUGUUCUAAAACAUGACAAAUGAAGCAGAUAUAUAUAUUUACCCCAGCACUUGGCAGUCUUUCUUUUAUUGCAAUGGACCUUUGUCUUUUCUCUCUGGUAGCUAAUAGUGUGGUCUUUAGCCAUGUUGUUUUAUUCCAUGCAGGCAUCUCUGUAACAUUAUUAUGAUUUUAAUGCUCUCUUUUAGUAUUAAUUGAUGAAUUCUUUUUUUUUUAAUUAUCAUAUUUCGGGUCACUGUCAUCUUGGUAUAGCAUUUUGCUUCCCAAGUGGUCACAUUUGAACUGUUUCAACAUGUUUUUUGGUAAGAAAAAUAAAAAGGCACCAUUGGCUCAUUUGAUCACUUGUGUGGUGGAAAGACGCGAGCUGAAAGUGCCAGAUGUAGCA